AGACCGCGCGGUAGCGUUUUCUCGUCGACGAUAGAGAGUAAUACCCCAACACCGGAGCAUCGUUUUCCAGGGGGGUUUGCCGAAUCUUAGUGCGGCCCGGGGCAGCCGACUAUCAGCAUGCGCCGUACGAACCCUGCUGGGAACGACGCGACACACCCAGCUGCGCCUGGGGGUUCCUUCGAAGUGCACGAGUCAUCAAAUGCGAGCGGAUCACAAGAUGCGAAGUCACCAGCAGUGUGUCGCACACCGAAAGUGUUGAGCACGCAAUUAUGGCAAAGUGUAUCUUCCAUAGCGUCUGUGGACAGUGCGGAGUCGCUUCUAAGACGAAGUGUGACAUUCUCGGAGCGGCAUGGUACUGUAUCUGAGUGGGAAAAGCGGGUUGCAACUGCGCCGGACAUCGUGGCUUCGUCACCAAGACUUAUUUCCUGUUCUAUGCCACUAGUCGACGAGUGUCCACCUGAAAUUCCAAGCGAUGGUGAGUACAGCGAAGACUUCGAUGGGGAUGAUGGACUUGCGGAUGGCCCGCUUGCUAGUAGCGUUUCUUAUGGUGAAGACUUUGAGGACAGAACAGCCGCGAGCAGUACAACCAGAAACGCUACGUCGAGGACAUCGCGCAUAGCACAACAAAGUGCUUCAGAUAUCGUUGACUCUAAUUGCGAUGCCUCCGGCACCGCGUACAGCGAAGAUUUUGAAAAUUCACUUUCAAAAAGUGGUUGGAAUCAUGAUAGCGUUCCAAGACUUCCACUGUCAGAUGUUGCCACACUCCUCAGGCAUCUGACGUCAGAAAAAUGUCUUCCCACCCAAAUUUCUGAGAUCAGGCACAAGCUCAAGGGCGUUUCUCGUGCUUUGAAUCAGCCAGGCAACUGCUUUUCUGACACAGUCAAAGAAGCCAUGCAAAUUAGUCUCGGGGUCGAAGACCAGCUAGAACAGCUUGAGGUAGACCUCGUUGCUGGGCAGAGACAGCGGGGGCUGGAAGUGUGCGCGGUCCAGGAGGAAAAGCAAGCAGCAAGCGCGCGUGCGGAUGCUCGGCGCGUGGAACACGAACGAAAGCUGCUGGAGUCACAGCAGCGUGCAGAUGCUGUCGCUCACGAUUUGAUCCAUACGAAGGAAAAGCUUGCCGACGUAGAAACUCAGUUGAUGAAUAGUAAGACCUUGCUCAAGGUGGCCGAUGCCGCGUGUUCGGACCGCGAGAAAGAAGCCGUGCUGAGCGGCAGAGAAAUAAUUAAGCUCAAGGCAAGGCUGUCGAAGAUGGCAGCUGAGUCUGGGACGGCAACCAAAGGCUUAAUGGCCAAACUCAAAGCCACUGACGAGGCCCGUAAGACGGACGUGAUGCGUCGGAAUAUCGAGGUUGCUGUACUGCGAGGCGCAAUUGAGGCUGUGGAAAAGUGCCACUCAAAGGAGAUCCUUAACACUCCCGACUUUGGGAAGCAAAGGCUGGCGUUUGAGGAGGACAGGCUGCACGAGAUGCGCCGCAUGGUCGAGGAAGAGAGGCUUGACAUCCAACGGUAUAGAUCCGCGUUGCAAGACAACCACUACGCCCGAGAAAAAAAGUUUGAAGAGGAGCGUCUCCGUGUCCUGCACCAGAGCAAUCAGGAGCUCAUCGCGGGGCGAGCGAACGUCGACGUCUACCGAACUAUGAAUGAUGAGGCAAAUCGACGGGAAAAGGAGCGGCUAAUCUGCUUGCAGUCAGUGCUUGAUUCGGAGAGGACCUCAAUUGCGAGAGACAGAUCUGUAUUGGACGCGGAGCGAUCACAGCUGGAAGUAGAGCGCACAGAGUUUCGAUCUAUGUGCGCCACACUCGAACCGCGAUUUAGAGAUGCUGAUGCUAUCGAGAGUCGUGCCACCUUGCGUGAAAAGGCAGCUACGAAAGCAGAGGAUGACGUGCGAGCAGCUGCCGCUGAAAUGAGGCUCACCAAAGUUGACUUGGACAAGCGAGAAGCAGCUGUGAGCGAAGCAAGCUUGGCCGCUAUCAAAGCCACCCAGCGCGCAGAGCAAGUGAUAAAGUUCGCAUGUUCUCAACUUGUCCAAAGCAAACAAAACGCCAUUGUAGUCGAGCACUCAAAGUUCGUUAUAUCCCGACAGCGGGUUGCGCUUGCCAGGCAAAUUGUUGAUGCGCGGAGGGCGGUCAGCUAUAUUAAGCAUUCCCGAGGCAGUCCUGGACUUAAUUGUGCGCAUAGCAACCUUGGGUUUCGGGCCCAUGCCCAUGCAAAUUCCAAAGGAGGAUCAGAGGAGCUGGCUGGUUAGCCAUGCCCCCCCCGGCCACCUGCUUGCUGAAUGCGCCCAUCGGGGAAAAUUAGCCAGCACUACACAAGCGAAACGUGCCCUUCGUAUCCUAAACUUUCAUCGAGCUGAAAAAACGCGAAAAAGGACCAGUGCAGUUGCCAAACAUGGGAGGAAAUGCACCCCGCCGAGGGCCGAGUAGCCCGUCGUGAUCGCGCCCAGAGCGCAACUAGAGCGGGGCCGUGCGGGCCCCUCGGCGUUCUAAAGUCCGGCGCACAACGGCGAUGGUUGCGUGCGAUGGCUGCGCGCUGUGGUGCGGAGAGCCCUGGCGGAGAUGUCUCGGGGCCCGAGGCCGUCGGAACGGUGCGCUUUUUGGGGUCUGGCGCCAGCAGCGGCCCCGACUUCGCCGCCUAUAAGACUGAAAGUUUAAAG